CCCAUGGAUGAGUGAAAUCCGAGGGCCCUGAGUGCCCAGGGGACGACGGCAGGGAGGCGCUCUGCGCCGCGGUCUGCUAGUGCACGUCCCAACAGGAAGCACGCAGACGCGGUCGCGGGGGGUGAGGACUGGCUCGUGGGAAGCGAGGACGCAUCAAUCCCUGAGGUCUGUGACAGGAUGGGAGGCCCCGAAGCCCCCGGGACGGGGUGCGGGGGGGGGCUUUCGGGAGGAAGCCCACGUCUGGGGACAUUUUGAUGGGGACCGUGUCUCCGUGGGCCCCAGGAAGCCCAGGCCAGAGGCCAGAGAGCCGGUGGCCGAUAGUCUUAGGGGUCCACGUCUCUGGAGGAGGCGCGCUGCGACCUCUGCGCUGGGCUGCUCAGGGACAGGAGCCCAUCCGUUGUGAAGGCAGGUGGGGACCCCGCGGGCCACCUCGAUUCCUGGGCCUUGCGAUCUGUUGGGCCAAAGUAGGGAGGCAGCUGGAAGGAGGGGAGGGGGAGAGACGCUGAGAGAAACAGAGGUCUCCGAGAAACCACAGGAAGUCCCAGGCUGCGCCGGCUCACGGGCUGUGCAGACCCCAUGCUCAACCUGCACACGACCUGGGAGCACACGGACCCCUGAUCCCCCUUUGCAGCCGGGAACACCAAGGCUCAGGGCUGUGCAGGUGAAGCCAGUGGGACUGGGGCCACAGCAUCGCUCCAUUUAACCCUCGCUGCACCAGAGGAGGUGGGCGUCAGACUCCCGCCCACACAGACUAGCGAUGCAGCCACGGGGGUCAGUGGUCCCGACGAGAUCCACACCCAGAUGGCAGGGACCCUGAGGCCAGCUUGUGGCCCCCGCUGGACGGUGGCAGGGCAGGGCAGAGGGUGUGGCCCCGGGCGGCAUCCCAGCAGGCAGGGCCGGUCCGGCAAGGUGGGCAGGCAGCAAGGAGGAGUUUUCUGGGUCCAGGGAAAGGCCAGGACUUCCCCAGAAGCAACAGCGUCUCAGACCAACCCUGGCUGCCGUGAGGAGGAACCGUGGAGGUCCGGAGGCCUCACCGUGGGGCUGGACAUCCCGGCCACCCCUCCCCGGCCUGGGGCCCCGCCGCCGAGCUGCUCUAGGGGCCCGGCCGGACAGCCGAAGGAGCCGCCAUGGAGCGGCCUGCCUACCUCGGUCCACAACUUUGUCAUCGCCCCACACGGAAACCCAUGGCCCCACGCGGCCCACGCCCACCCCACCCACCGAGACCCCUCCUGGCCGCCCGGGGCCCAGGCAGGAGCCACCUGACCGGCUGGCACAGGCAGAUGACUAACGCCUCGGGGCUCCUGGGAACAUGGCCACGGCCCAGCCCCGGGCCGGCUGUGCCCACCGUGCCCGCCGGGCCGCAGAUGGACCGCAUGGGGAACAGCUCCCAGGGCGCCUCCCGGCUCUUCCUCACCACCGCGCUGGCCCGCGGCAUCUCGGGGGUCUUUGUGUGGACCGCCCUGGUGCUCACCUGCCACCAGAUCUACCUGCACCUGCGCUCCUACACGGUCCCCAACGAGCAGCGCUACAUCAUUCGCCUGCUCUUCAUCGUGCCCAUCUACGCCUUCGACUCCUGGCUCAGCCUCCUCCUCCUGGGGGGCCACCAACACUACGUCUACUUCGCCUCGGUGCGUGACUGCUAUGAAGCCUUUGUCAUUUACAGCUUCCUGAGCCUCUGUUUCCAGUACCUGGGGGGCGAGAGCGCCAUCAUGGCCGAGAUUCGGGGGAAGCCCAUCCGGUCAAGCUGCAUCUACGGCACCUGCUGCCUCCAGGGCAUGUCCUACUCCAUCGGCUUCCUUCGCUUCUGCAAGCAGGCCACACUGCAGUUCUGCAUCGUGAAGCCCAUCAUGGCCGUGGUCACCAUCGUCCUGCAGGCAUUCGGCAAAUACCACGAUGGGGACUUCAACAUCCACAGCGGCUACCUCUACAUCACCCUGGUCUACAACGUCUCUGUCAGCCUGGCCCUCUACGCCCUGUUCCUUUUCUACUUGGCCACCAGGGAGCUCCUGCAGCCCUUCGAGCCUGUCCUCAAGUUCUUCACCAUCAAGGCCGUCAUCUUCCUCUCUUUCUGGCAGGGGAUGCUGCUGGCCAUCCUGGAGAAGUGUGGGGUCAUCCCUGAGGCCCAGGUCAUCGACGGGAGCAAGGUAGGGGCCGGCACGCUGGCCGCAGGCUACCAGAACUUCCUCAUCUGCAUCGAGAUGCUGUUUGCCUCCAUCGCCCUGCGCUACGCCUUCACCGUCCAGGUCUACGCGGAGAAGGAAAGCUCGCCAGCCCCCGAGGCACCCAUGCACAGCAUCUCCAGCGGCCUCAAGGAGACCAUGAGCCCACAGGACAUCGUGCAGGACGCCGUCCACAACUUCUCACCCGCCUAUCAGCACUACACCCAGCAGGCCACUCACGAGGCCCCGAGCCCUGGUGCCCACCCCAGUGUGGCCGGAGGCUCUGGCGGCCUCAGGAAGAGUCACAACGUGGAGAAGAGAAUGCUGAUCCCCGCAGAGGACCUGUAGGAGGGCCACGGGGGUCCCCGGCCGCCUGCCUGGACCAGGCUGCCCAGGCCUCUGGGAAAGCACAGGGCCCCUCACCCUCUUGCCAAAGGUGAAGCCCCUCCUGGGAGCCCUGGUGCCAGGCCAAUGGCACCACUUCCCAGCCUUCCUCCCGCCAGCAGGCCCGUGGCCCCAGGAGAGGGCACCUGAGUUUAUCUGACGAACCGGGAACCCACCGGGCUCACCUGGCCGUCAUGGGGCUGUCGUGAGGCAGGCACCGGCAGGGCAGGGGCGGAUGGACGGACCUCACUCUGGGCCCUGGGAGAGCGAGGCAGCCCCGGCCUGAGGACACCGGAGCUGUAGGCGCUACGGGCCGGUGGGGGCAGGGGACUGGGCUGGGCAGAGCUGCUUUGCACCCCCUCCAGCCCUGGGGACUCCUGAAAAGCCCCCACCCGGGGAAGGCGUGCCUCAUGAGGCUCUGGGAGGUGCCCAGGGCCACCUGCACAGAACCUUCACCCUGGGCAGCCUGCGAAGCGUGUGGGGCUCCUGGGGGCAUCACCUAUUUAUACAUAAACAGCCUGCUUUU